AUGGAUGAGCACACUGAUAAUAUGGGUGACAGCAUGUCUACAGAAUUUCCACAACAUCAACAACAACAGCAGCAUGAAGCGGUGGUGAUGAUGAUGAUGGACCUACCUUUGAUCGUACAAUUGAAGAUCCAGUUAUAUUGUUUGAAUGACCAAUCGACCAAUGUUGAAUGGAGAUACUCUUUAAACUUGGUGUCAUCACAUUGGUUCUUCAACUUUGCAAAUAAUUGGUACAAUGGAUUGAGCUUCACACCAAACACGGUGAUCAAUGGCCGCCGUGGAGACAUACGCAGCACCAUAGAUCAAUUGAUAGACAUACAUGUGGUCAACCCAUUAUACGAGCUGUCCACCUACGCCAAGGAUGUGGCCAUGUUCGAGACAAACUUCCUGAAGCUGGCCACCAGCGACAAGAGGAACCACUUGUUCCGCAACCUGAGGUCGCUGAGCUUGGUCCCGAGCUACGGACGAUUUCCCGCCCAGCUCUCGCUGGCCAACAUUCUCUCGCCAGUCGCAUCCACAUUGACCGAGAUACACUUGCUCUUCCCUGAAGAGUCGGCGAUUGAUCAAGCAUUCUACACGUCACUGUUGGCCCACCACCAGGCCCUGACAACUCUACACGUGUUCCUUCGUACGGCGGACGAUGGCAGCGAGCGAUACGCACACUGGCUCGACUACAUAUCAAAGGCAGAGGGUCUGCAGAGCAUAGGCUUUGGCAUAAAAUGCCGGGCACUGGUGCCCUCGGGUCGGCUCGCAGACAUCAUCCUCCAAGACAACCUGCGCACACAGCUUACCGGUGUGUCGAUUGGUACACUGCGCCACACAGACUGCACAUUGGUGAUUGAUCGCGAGUUGCUCACCUCGCUCAGACAACUACCCAAACUGACGCGACUUGAGUUUGGCAAACACUGCGACCUGCCAGAACUGUGCGACCUGCUCAACAAACAUCCAACAUUGACCAGUUUCACAAUGCAGGUGAUCACCGAUCCCAACUUGAUCAAGUCGCUCAACACCACCAAGGUCACCAAGAUCGAGUCCAACGAACUUGAUUACAAGUCACUCACACUUGCCUUGGAGCAUGCAAUGCUGGCACACGAUGAUUCGGACAAUGCACCGCUGCCCACCACUCUAAAAGUGCUCAACAUGCAGCAUUACUUCCAAGACUUUGGACUGUCUUGGACGCCGAUGCUCAAGGACUUUGAUGGAUCAGCAGAGGGCGACGGAAAGGAGCCUGUGCCCCACCUCAAGUCACUAAGCGAGUUGACGCUGGUGCUCGUGUCAGUGUUGGACAAAGGGCAAAAGAUGUUGGAGACGAUCGACCACUUGGUAAAGGGCUUGCCAGCGCUGCGAGUGUUGAACAUCCACUCGAUGCUGGCGCUGACCUACACUCUAAGGUCGUUGUUGGAUGAGAAGAUGGCGAGCUGGCCGCAUUUGGACAAGCUGGUGCUGGUGAUCGAGGAUGACUUUGACUAUGGUCAAGUGUACACAUACUAUCAACACGACUACAACACACCUGAAGUAUAUCGGAUGCCACUGACAUUGACAGAGUCGGGUGAUGACGACAAUGACAACAACGACGACGAAGGCGAAGAAGAGUAUGAGUUUGACUUUAUAUGA